CAAAGGCUUUUGCUAUCGACGUACUUCCUGUUUUCACCAGAGCGUCGUACAGCAAACAUGGCGGCCUCCGGUGGAAGAACCGUGGGAUCUUUUCUCUGGAAAUGCGGAAAUUGCUGCUUCAAUUUUAACACAGUCUCGUCAAAUUUGACUCGCCAGGUGCUGUCCAGACAGCUAUGUGUGAGUGCUGUUCUCCACAGGAAGAACCUGGCUGCAGCGGGCCCAGAGAAGUUCUCAGAGGAGUUCAUCAAGAAGCAGGUGGAGGAGUUCAACAUCGGGAAGAGACAUCUAGCCAACAUGAUGGGAGAGGACCCUGAGACCUUCACUCAGGGGGACAUUAAUAGAAGCAUUGCAUACCUGUUCCCCUCCGGCCUGUUUGACAAAAAAGCCAAACCACUGAUGAAGCAUCCGGAUGAGGUGUUUCCAAAACAGAGAGCUGUCCAAUGGGGCGCAGAUGGACGGCCAUUCCACUUUCUGUUCUACACAGGAAAGCAGUCCUACUACUCUCUAAUGCACGACACCUUCACUAAAGCCCUGGCAGUAGAGAAGCACCAGGACCGUCUGAGAGGAAAGGAUCUUUUCACCCAGGAUGCCAAGCAGAUUUCUCUGGUGGGUAGUCGGUGGUUGCUGAAAGAAGAGCUGGAGGAGUUGUUGGUGGAGACCAUCUCAGAACACGAUUAUGCACGGUUCAUCCAGCUGAUGGAGAGGUUGCUGUCUCUGCCCUACUGCUCUGUGGAGGAGGACUUUGUCCAGCGCUACCGCAGACAGCUGGAGAUCCAGUCCUCCAAGCAGCAGGUCCAGCCCCUACAGUACGACCAGCACGGAGUGGCUUACAGCACCGGAGAUGGCAGAAGGAAGACCGCUACGGGUACUGUCCUACUGAGAGACAGCGGUUCAGGAUCCAUCAGCAUCAAUGGGACAAACUAUGUCCACUACUUCCCUGUCCUGCAAGACCGAGAGCAGUUGAUGUUCCCCCUCCACUUCAUGGGGGUGCUGGGGAGGUUUGACAUGCAGUGCAGUGUGAGUGGCGGGGGCCAUUCCAGCCAGGCGGGGGCGCUACGCCUUGCCAUCUCCCGCGCCAUGCUCAGCUUCCUGUCUGAGGGACAGGUGGAGACCAUGAGACAAGCUGGGCUGCUGACCCCUGACCCCAGAAUUAAGGAGAGGAAGAAGCCGGGCCAGGAGGGAGCGAGGAGGAAGUUCACCUGGAAGAAACGCUGAGGUGGAGGACAGAAUAGAUCUGGACACAGGGAAAUCACAGCAACAUCUUCAUCAUUAUCUUCCUCUGAGAUCAGAACUGUUAUUAGUAAGUGGACAAAUUGUUCAUCCAACCCCUGUUGUAGCUUUUUAUAUGUCCCCUAAAGGUUAUUUAGAUCUGGAAAUAGCCACCAAGUACAUGACUCAAAUACAUGUACAAAUUCAAAGGGGUUCUGUCCAUGUGAGGGCAGGAUACCCAACUCCAUAUAGGCUGUAAUGAUUUUUUCUGCCACCAGAGGGCCAUCUCUGGCAACACACCUGUCCAUUGUCUUUGUCUGUAUAUUGAAAAUAAAAUGUUGUUUUUCACAUA